UGUAUGUCAGUGACGGAAGAAGAAAAUGGAGGCGGCAGUGUUCAUUCUCUCGCUGGUGGACUGCUGCGCACUGAUUUUUCUCUCCGUUUACUUCAUUAUCACCUUAUCUGAUCUAGAAUGUGACUACAUCAACGCCAGAGCGUGCUGCUCCAAACUGAACAAAUGGGUAAUCCCAGAGAUGAUAGGCCAGUGUCUCUCCACUGUGCUCAUGUUAGUCUCCAUGCACUGGUUCAUCUUCCUCCUCAACCUGCCUGUAGCAGCCUGGAACAUUUACAGGCACUUGAAGGUUCCGAUGGGAAACAUGGGCGUGUUUGACCCGACUGAGAUCCACAACCGUGGUCAGCUCAAGUCCCACAUGAAGGAGGCUAUGAUCAAACUGGGUUACCACCUGCUCUGCUUUUUCAUUUAUCUGUACAGCAUGAUCUUGGCUCUGAUCAACGACUGAAGCGCCUGACAUCUCUCUCCAACAUCUUCCAAAAAUCAUCAAAUUCCAAUCUCCAGGGUUUUCUGUUUCCUCCUCACUCACUGCUCCUCUCCUGUGUAUGCGUCAACUCUGUCAGAACAGCGGGGAGAACAAGUUCACUCUCACAUUUGGUCGCGUCUGUUGAUACUUACGCAUUUAAUACCCGUGACAAACGCAUGUUGUGACGGCACCCGUCUCUGCGCAAAGACCUGUUAGACUGCUGUGUUCGCAGAAGACGUCCUGCAGCAGUCUAGGGCCGUGACGAUUAUUCCAUUCCUCGAUUAUUAUUUGAUUACUUUUAAUUAAUCGCCAACUGUUUUGAUAAUUGAGAAGGUUUUCUCAUUCUUCAGCUUCUUAAAUGUGAAUAUGUUCUGGUUUAUUUGCUCCAUAUAUAAGAAUAAGAAUCUAUUAAAACUGAAUCAUUUUGGCUUGUUGGCAAAAACAAGACAUUCAAGAACGUCAUAAUUUCCACACACUGAUCUACAUUUUAUGGACCAAACAUGUACGGAUUAAUUGAUUAUGAAAAUAAUUGAUAUUUGCAGCCCUACUGUAUUUUUAUGUUACUUUGAGAGUGCAAUAUUUUCUCAGGUGGUACUUGGUCUAAAGCAUUUACUUGACAAUGAGGGUUUAUGGAUCUCUGAGCGUCAGAUCAGUUCGUCCCUACGCUACACCCUCUUUGCCAUUGCACUCAGCACAGCUCUUGCCUUGUGUAGGUAGGCUUCGUCUUAAGAUUGCAUUUGCGUUGGUUACAAAUAAAUAAAUAAAUAAACUUAGGGACGAUAAGAGAAAAAUCCACAUUUAUUGGCUUAUAAACCUGUCACUUAUUGAUCUGCGUGGUUCGUGAUUCAAACAUCAUGUUGUCAUCCUAUUGUGCUCUGUUCCACUCGGCUUCAUGCUACGGAAGAGGAUUAGGGCCAAACAAGGCAAUUGGGGAUGACAGAUUUCACCCCAUUCAUGCAACAAGCCUCUGUUGGCCUAUAUGUGUAACAGACUCUGUGGCGCAACAGUUGAGCACCUGACUUCAGAUCAAAAGGUUGCAUGUUGAAAUCCACGUCAGGGUCAAAAUUCUUGAGCCUCAUACAGCAAGUGCCGACACACACAGAGCCACCAAAAACAAUGCUUCACUCCCACUCAGUGGGCUGAAGUAAAUAAACAGCCUGAAUUCUUAGAUUAAAGUCAGAAUUAUUUAAUCUCAGAAUUCUGUGUUUUCCAAAAAAACCUCACAAUUGGCCCCAAUCCUCUUCUGUACCAGACAGUGAGAGUUUUGACAGCACAGAGCGAGAUACAGACUCAAACUACAACGCUGCUGUGUUUUCCCCCACAGACAACUUUAUUGAUUUUUAAUCUGGAUGUGAAGACAAGUUUCAGCAAAUCCCAUUUUUUAAAUUUCUACUCCCAACACUGUUGUCGCUCAUUUAUUUUCCUCAUAUCCCCGCACUCUUGACUGUAACGGAGGACGCCUAAAACCUUUACAAGAAACGUGGUCAAACUAUCAAAAGUUUUCACACGCGUUGGAGAUUAGCGUGGGAAUCUCUGGAGCUGAUCUUAAUACUCUGUGUGAAUUUUUGGUGCCUUGUGAUCCCGUGUUUGUGAAGCAUGGGAAAUUGUAAAGACGAUAUACUUUCUUUUUACAUUCAGAUAGAGAAGUCGUGAGUGUGUUGCUCUUGUGCUACAAAAGGACGCAGACGUUUAAUGCAAGGAAUGGUGGGGGGGCAAAAUUUACAAUAUAGGAGGACAGUUCAGUUUUUUCAUUUUAAGUAGGGAUGAUAUAAGGUACUUGAUCUGGGUCUUUCUUUACAAGGCUAUAAUCACAUUUUCUGUGCUGUUCCCAUUCAUAUCAAAACAAAGUAGAAAUUUGGUUCUGUUCUGCAACAUUUCAGUCACUGUGCUGUCUGUAUAACCCUGACUCUACAGUACCUUAUACAUCCUCACUUCAAGAAUCCUGAACUACCCCUUUACCAUUCUUCUGCAAAAAGAAACUGUAUGUGUGUGAUGUAAAUGUAGUCUUAAGGCACCAGCCGUCGCAGUAUUGGUGACAGUUGGGAGUGAACCUCCGUCAUGUACCGCUGUAGUAUUUCCACUGGCAGACAGUGUGAGCAGGUGGGCUCCUCACUGGGAUGAUGAUGACGGGUGUGUGUGUGCACUCCUCUUUUAGAAUCAUGGCUGCUUUGGCUGCAGUGUCAGUCACAUCAUGUGAAAAAAUGCUGGUGAAUGAGUUUGUGUCUUUUUUUGGGAGGGAAAAAUGUGUUUGAUAAAUAAACAUUAAAGGCAAGUGGUGUACUAUGGCUGCA